CGAACAUAAUCAACUUUUUUUUUUCAGCUGGAGUCAAGAUUACUCUUUUGAUUUCCCUCGUAAUCAAUCUGGCAAUGUUCAUCGUCGGCAUCCUGGCAGUGAAUAAAUGUCCCGUCCAAGAUAAUAUUCCAUUGUACCUCAUUGCCACAGGUGCCAUUGGUUUACUUUCAAAAUUGAUAACAACUACCCGUGAACAGAUCAUGCGUCAUGUCAAAACAGGUUUCGUAGAAUCCGCUUUGUAUACUGUGGAAGUUGUAUUCCUAAUAUUGGGUUCCUACUGGGUGUACAAGGUCUACCCGCCCAGCUAUGACCCCAAAGAUGGAGCAGCGUACUGCCAGAAAACUGCAUAUUUGUUUGCUUUCAUCUACCUUACCUUUUUCUAUGCAAUCGUCAUGUGCAUAUUCUGCGGUUUCAUGUGCUUUUUGUGCUGCAUCUGUCUCCUGGCAACUGCACCAGAUCCUGAUGUGGAAGCCAAUAUAGAAGUAACUGUUGGGGGUGAAUCACAAGAGAGAAAAGAGGAAAACCGCGAGGCGAAAUCUGAAACAGCUUGAUUGUUUUUUUUAUGUAAAUACACAUGUUUUUAUUCGUUUUGUAUUUGUGGUUAUAACGAUGCACUGAUUUUCAGUAGCUUUAGAGUAUAUUUUGUAUAGACUUAUUGAGGAAAAAAAUGUUUAUUUUUUAUUGGCUUUAUGAAUAGUUGAAUAAUGAAAUACUUCCAGUUACACCACAAAUAUGAUCAAUCAAAAAUAGUGUCACAAAAUAUAAUCAUCUAUUCACAUCACGUUCAUGUAUUGUAGCAGAUUAUUCUAUAAUUUUAGUUUUGGGUUUGUUUCCAUUCAUCUUAUCUCACAUAAUUUUUUAUUGUUGAGCUAUAUUCCAAAAUGCCAAAUAAAUAAUUUCUGAGAAA